AUGGAAAGGUUGGAGACUCUUGGAAACAAAAACAACAUCCUUGAUCCUGAGUCAUUGGCAAAUGAGUUCAACAAAACAAUGAAGAACCUUUAUGGAAGCUAUGAGGAGCAGUACAAGAAAAUUCCUGCAUUCUGCGAAAUGGUGAAGGAAAAAAUGCCUGGCAGUGUAGCUAGUUUCUCAUAUGGAAGCACAGACAACACAUUCUUGUCAAUGACACUCUGCUUCAAGCCUGCUAUAGAAGGAUUCUUGGAUGGAUGUAGGAAAAUCAUUGGAUUGGAUGAUUGCCAUUUGUAUGGGAAGUAUGGUGGCGUGUUAAUGGUUGCAACAGGUCUAGAUGGUCAUAAUGGUUUACUUCCUCUUGGUAUAAUGGUGUGUAGGAAUGAAAUCAUUGAGAAUUGGAAGAUAUUUCUCAAAGACUUGAAAGUUAUACUGGGUGAAGACUUGCAUUUCACCAUUAUAUCAGACAAGCAGAAGGGGAUUAGUGAAGCUUGUGACAAAUACUUCUGCUUGGAUGGGCACAGAUUAUGUUUCAGUUCAAUGACUAACUAUUACUUGGCUACUUGGCAGACAUUUGAUGAAGAAUUUCAAGAACAACACAUGGAUAAAUUGUUUGUUGAGGAUGAUAAAGUUGCACUGUAUCUCCUAGAUAAAAAACUUGAAUGCUGGUCUAGGUCUCAUUUCUCAAAUGAUAGCAAGUGUGAGCACAUUAACAAUAAUUUCUCAGAAUCUUUCAACAACAUGGCCAAGCCCUUCAGGGAUAAGCCUAUCAUUACACUUGGACAAAUGUAUGCUAGAAUGGUGAUGGGUCUUUUCUUCAAGAGGAGGAAUGAAUGUGAAAAGUGGCAGGAUGGUCAGAUAAUGCCAAAGGCAAUGAAGCUGAUUACAAAGAUGCAGGACUUAACUCAUCUGUUUGAGUUAACUGGAGCUGUAAGGGGAAAGGUGUAUGAUGUCAAGAGUGUUCAUGAUGUUGUGUUUGUUGUGGAUCUUCCCAAAAAGACAUGUAGUUGUUUGCAGUGGCAGCUGAGGGGGUUUCCUUGUCAACAUGAUGUAUGUGCUUUAACACCUUUGAAACCAAACUGGGCUGACUACUAUGACCCUGUGUACAGUGUGGAAUAUUACAAAAAGACAUAUGCUCCAGAGUUUGAACCAUUAUCAGCUGAAAUUAACUGGAAUAUACUGGUAGAGUUCAUUAAUCCUCCUGUUAUCAUAAGGAAAACUGGAAGGCCAAGGAAGAAGAGGAUUCCUUCUUAUGAUGAAGCUGGAAGUGUGAAGAAAAUGAGAAAGUGUAAGAAGUGUGGAGUUUAUGGCCACUAUGCAGUAACUUGUAGUGAUGGAGAGGUUGGAAAGAAUCCAUAG